CAGCGGGACCGGUUGCCGGAAGGCUCUCUGCGCAUGCGCCGCCCCGCUGGGGCGGCCGAGGGUCUCUGCGCGACGAGAUGGGGAAGGUGAGGGGCUUGCGGUCCCGCGUGCACCAGGCUGCCGUGAGGCCCAAGGGGGAGGCCGCGCCCGGCCCUGCGCCCCCUGCCCAAGAGGCGGCCCCUCUGCAGGUUCCAGCUGCAGGAGCCGGGGGGAAGGACUGCGCUUUCAUCAGGACUGACAUCUUUGCCAGGACCAGGAUAGACCCCAGUGCCUUGGUGCAGAGUCUGGAGCCGGAUGCAAGGAGUAUUACUUCCGUCAGGAGAGGUGCGGAGGCCAAGGCUAUUCUGCCCAAGAAGGAGAAACUGAGGCUGAGGCGGGAGCGGUGGCUGCAGAAAAUCGAAGCCAUAAAGCUGGCCGAGCGGCAGCGCAGAGAGAUGCAGAGGCGGAGGGCGACAGCCGUGGUGGGGGACCUGCAGCCCCUGAGGGACGCCCUGCCUGAGCUGCUGGGGCUGGAGGCUGGCAAUCGGCGCCUGGUCAAGGGGACAGGAAGCAAGCCCAGGCCCGCUGAGCUCAGCCGGAUGAGUGCAGCCCAGAGACGCCAACUCCUUCACACGGUGCGGGGAGGCGUCUCUUACACAAGGCUGGCAUCUGCGGGCAUGUGAGCUGCUGUCUCUUCCUCAGCCUCCUACCUGAGCAGCAGCCCCUGUCUAUCCCCUGGGCAGGCAGGACCCUGAUGGUAAACCCCAUGGGUGGGCGCAGGGGCACCAGAGUCUGCCUGUGCCAAGAGACGAGGCAGCAGGCACUCCCCUCCUGCUGGAAGUUCCUGAGGCCCUGGCGCUCAGUCCCAUGGUGACACCAGGCCUCUGUUGUCCACUCUGUUGUUCUAGCUGUCCUGAAGUGGGGUACGUAGGUGUGGGGUGGC